UUGAAAAUCAAAUUGUGAUAAUCGAAUCAUGGUGGAUAAUCAUCAUCAUCAUCAUAGCUCUCAAGUUAUUAAUUGUUCGCCAUCAAAUUCAUCAUUACCAUCACCAUCAUCACCGUCAUCAUCAUCAUCCUCAUCAUCAACAACAAGCACAUAUCAACCAUAUUCUAUUCAGAAACAAAAAAAUCAUUUCCCAUCAUCAUCAUCUAGUCAAUUACAACAGCAAUCGGAAGCAAUGUUAUUUUCAUCAGCUGAAACUAUAAGUAACAGUGGUGGUGGUGGUGGUAGCGUUUACAACAACAAUUUUCAUCAUCCAUCAACAACAAAUGACAAACAAUCAGACCAUUUUACGGAUCCAAAUCCAGGAUCAAAUUCAGUGGCCAGCAGCAGCAGCAGCAGCAGCAGCAGUAGUCAACCAACAAUUCCGCUUCAACAUCCUGGUCAUCAUCAUCAUCAUCAUCAUUCACGCAGUAAUCAUUUGUUCCAUUCAACAACCACAACAUCUGCACAGCAACAGCAACCACACAUCACAAUCACAAUCACAAUCACUUUAAAUCAUCAUCAUCAACAUCAUCACCAACAUCAGGAUCGAAUACGGCUGCUAGUUUGA